CGUUAGCUCAAACCCUCUCAGAGGUUGGUGCGUAAAACGGUUGCAUUGCUUCUAUUAGUGUACGUUUCCUCAUUUAAAUCGUGAAAAUAAUUUCACUUGGCAUGAAAUUAAUCAAUUUCCGGUGAGGAGUGCAGUGCGAUCGGUGUUAUUUUUUUACUGGUGGAGGGACGACACCCGAGCUCGGAUUUUUUGUGACCAGGGCGGAAGUUCGCUGACAAAGCGAGGAUUACAAGCGAUACCUGAGCUCCGACGAUAUUGUAAAGCAGGGAGGAGAGAGAAGACACUCCCGGCAAGAAAUGUAAGGUUGCUCACAGACCCUGAAACUCUCUCCUCCACACACACAGUCUGCAUCUAGGGAAGGAGUGUGGAAGAAAGUCAUGCGAAUUGAGUGAUACUGAGCAGGUGAAGGCACGAGAUAAGAGCGACUUCAGAAGAGGCAGCCGCCGCAGCGCUAAUGGAGUCUCUGCGGAGCGUGCUGUACAGCAGGCUGCGCUGGAAGAGGCUGGCGCUGGCCUUCCUGCUCCUGCUCUGCGCCAUUCCGCUCCUCACCGACUUCUCCAGCGACCUGCACCGGAGUUUCCUGCAGUUCCAGCACCAGACGGCGUACCCCACCCUGAGGCGGCCGGGCGCCUGCGCCGCGCGGGGCUCCGCCUUCCUGCUGCUGGCCAUCAAGUCUGAGGCCACGAACGCUGACCGCCGAACGGCCAUCCGCAGCACCUGGGGCCAGGUGGGGGUGUGGGGGGGCCGCCAGGUGCAGAGGGUGUUCCUGCUGGGGCGGGCCGCGGGGGGCGAGGAGCGGGCGCUCCCCCAAGCCGCCGAGGCCCUGGUGGCGGAGGAGAGCACCCGGCACGGCGACGUCCUGCAGUGGGACUUCCAGGAGUCCUUCUUCAACGUCACCCUGAAGGAGCUGCUGUUCUGGCGCUGGUUCGAGGAGGAGUGCGCUGCCCGCGUGCCGUACGUGCUGAAGGGCGACGACGACGUCUUCGUGGACGUGGGGCUCGUGCUGGGCUUCCUGUCCCAGCAGGCCCAGCAGGCCCAGCACAGGAGCCUGUACGUGGGCAAGGCGUUCGUGAGCUCCAGCCCCGUGCGCGUGUGGUGGAACAAGUACUACAUCCCCAUGUCCAUGUACUCCUCCCUGACCUACCCGCCCUACCUGGGGGGCGGCGGCUACCUGCUGUCCGGGCAGACUAUCCAGCUCCUGCUGCAGGCCUCGCAGGGCGUCCCGCUCUUCCCCAUCGACGAUGCCUACGUGGGCAUGUGCGCCCAGGCGGCCAACGUGACCGCUGAGGACCACCCGGGCUUCAUGCCUUUCGAGUUCUCCACCUCCCUGCACCCCUGCGCCUACCAGGGGCUGAUGGUCCUGCACAAGCUGGAGCCUAACGAGAUGUACCUGCUGUGGAGCUUCUACACGCAGCACAGGCAGACCUGCAGGGGGCACCACACUCUGACGCCCAGGGGAGACGAGGCAGGGCACAGCACGCACUGAAGGCCGCAGCCCUGGGUCCCUGAUUCCUCCCGACAUGUGCUCAUCUGCCUUUUUCAUGUGACAGUUUUUCUACUGGCGAUGUGCGACCUCGGAUUUGAGCUCUUGAGAAAAGAUCCCCUUUUGAAGAGCAUUUAUGCCUCUUCAUCGAGGAUUUAAUGUUGAGACAAAAGACACUGCAGGCCGUUUGGACUCGCAGGAGUGCAAAGUGAGGGGAUGCUCUUGAACAUGAGAGGUAGGUUUUUAAUCGAGAAGGAGAUGGGUCAGAUUGGUCUCGUUUAAUUUAAGGAAUAUUGUAAGUUGAUUUUUUUUCUUGGCUUUGAGCCAGCUGGGUAAAGCCUCAGUAAUUGCAGUAAAACCAGGUCCAGAAGAUGUCAGUGCAUCUGAAGAAUUUCUUGGCCUUGUUACAAUGUGAGUUUACUGUGUCUUACUGCACACAACCUAAAACCAGGGCAUACUGUGGAAGAGUCUAAAGAUUUAUAAAAUAAAAGCCCAACCUUGCCAAAUCAAUUUGAUUUUAAUCCCAUUUGUCACAAAUCAACUGUUUUCUUUACUCAUUCACAUUUUUUUUUUGCUUUCUGCCUGGGUAACAGCACCCGAUGGGUCAUUUUUUUUGCCGCAUCGGUUACCACCCUUACUGUAUGUGGCGCAGGGUGCAAGCAGGGUGCUCAGUCGCAGCCAGGUGUAAUCACUCACUAUAACUUGUGUGAUCAGACAGAGCUCAGGUAACACGAACACUUACGUAACACUGCACUUUGUGUUGGGGAGAACAACAGAUGUGCAGUUAGGUUCUGCGAUUCCCGUGUCUAUAGCUUUUUUUUUCCAAUAAAAGGGUUUCUGCGCUGAGAAAAUGAAUUCCUCCUGAUCCUGUGACUGUGAAUUGUUUUGCGCUGGAAGGGAUGGUGGGCGGACGUCCCGCAAUGUGAUUUGAGGGGGGGUGGUGCUCGAGGACGUGGAGGUCUGGAAGUCGUGUAAAUGAGGCUGUUGGCAGGCUGGAGGAAGCAGGGGCCUCUGUGCUUGAAUAACGCAGCACGGGCAGGCAGACUCCACUAGCACCCCUCCAGUGGACGGGCUAAUGCCACAGCCAUCCUGAGUCAGGAGUCUGCAGCUGUGGGUCUGCCGAGCCACAGUCUCCCCAGCUUCUCCCCAGAAACCUCAGAUUAUCACUUCGGCGCGUUUUCUGCCUCUUGAUAUGGCCGUUAUCUGCAACAGCACUGAAAAUGUUCACACUUUUUGGCUGCAGUGAGCGAGGGAGCCCUGCCAUCUCUGUUUUAUUUAUUUUUGUAUAUCGCUGUGUGUGUAUAUAUAUAUAUUUGUUUUUGUAUGGGAUAUUACUGCCUCUACCUCCUGCAACAAACUGGGUUUUGCUGGUCAUCCCAGUCCUGCCCUUUUCAGACGGAAAGGGCCAGGUGAGAUUCCAGGUCUCUCUCCUCCGUAGAAGAAGAAAGUUUUUGAUGUUUACAUGUUGUCUUUUCGUUUUUAUUGGCACCUCUGUGCAACUGCUCUUUGUGCAUUGAAUAAAUCUGUUGUUUCAAAUAGAA